CCAUUGCUCUCCGCAACAGCCCUUUCCUGUAUGAGACUCUACCAGGGAGGCCAAUGUCCUUCCCGCAGGUUCAGGUGGUGACAGCAGAUGGUGAAAGCAGAUGGUUACCCCUGUGAGGAGGUUGGAGGCGUCCUCCCCAAAGGGAGCAGCGUGGUCAACGAGUCUCGCGAUUCCGACAGCGGUGAGGACAGUGCUGAGGAAGCUCAAAAAGACCACGUGGUGCCUGACCGCUUCGAUCGAGACAUGUGCUUGCUCCAUCAACAGCUGAAGCAGAAACCGGCUCCAAAGCAUUUAGCAAAGGCGUUGGACCCUGAAAGCACCAGCGCAGCGGCACAGGAUCCUGACAGCGGUGAGGACAGCGCUGAAGAACCGCAAAAAGACCAAGUGGUGCCAGACCGCUUUGACCGAGAUAUGGAUUUGCUCCAUCAACGGCUGAAGCAGAAACCGGCUCGAAAGCAUUUAGCAAAGGCGUUAGACCCUGAAAGCACCAGCGCAGCGGCACAGGCAAGGGAUGCAGGUGCGCAAUCAGUGCAAGAAGCCGAAGACGAGGCUUUGGCCAUUCGACUGCAAGAGGAUCUUCUCAAAGAGACAGAGGAUGAUGCAGCAAUUGCGAAACACCUACAAGCGGAAGAAGCUCGGCAAGAGGUGAAUCGUGCAGUUGUCGUGAGUGGAACAAGGCCGCAAAGUCGGCCUGAUUUGCUGGCCGCGGCUUCAGCAGUGGCGGCUGCAAGGGAGGAAGAGAGGCUUGCAGAAGCGGAGGCAGAAGAUGAGGAGGAAAGCUGGGCAGAAGAAGAAAUUGAGCAUUCUUCCAGCAAGAACUGCAUGCAAAUCAAGGUGAGAGUCCCCGAAGGUUGCACUGCUGGUGACACUUUGGAGGUGGUAUCCCCAACUGGUGACCUCGUCCAUGUUGUGAUCCCUGCUGGCCACGGACCUGGCUCACUUCUGAUGGUGCAAGUUCAGAAUCGAACGCAAGGCGGGCCGCAGAAUAUGCUGUAUUCCUCGUUGACUGAAAAGCAUUCGCUGGAGGACUGGGAAAUGAUGCUGCAGAAGCUAGCGUCCGGCUACUCUGUCAUCAAGGUGGCCCGAAAUGGCAAGCUGUACCAGAGAAACUUUUGGCUCGCUGGGGGCAGUUUGCGAACCAAUGGGCGCUUCUCCUCUGGGAUCG